AUGGAGCUCUCAGCCCUGCUGGCUGCAGCCUUCCUCCCGCUGCUGUCGGUGCCUGCCCAGCAGCCCUCUGCAGGUGGCAGCCACCCCCCACUGCUUGUCUUGGAUGGGUACGAGGGGGAUGGAAUUCGACUCAGAUGCCUCUCUGAGAGGUCCUUUGCUGCCGUUCAGCUGCUGUGGGAGAAUGCCAGAGGAGAAAACGUCUCUGGGACUCCUCUGGCCGCCAGCAGCACUGCCAAUGCCAGCAGCUCCUUCCUCCUGAGGCCAGGGGCUGGGAACUCUGCCUCCUGCAGAGUCAUCGACAAAGCCCUCAGGACAUCAGCAGAGUCCUCAGUGGUUGUUGCAGAUGUCUUCUUCCCUGCCACCUCCCCCUGGCUGGCAGCCUCCAUGGGCAUCCUGCUCCUCAGCCUGCUGCUGCUGCCCCCUGCCCUCUGCAGGGUCAGAAGGCACAGCAGGAUGGCAGCAGCUGAAGGAAGGGCUCAAAAGGAACUUCAAGGAGGUGAGCCUGGUGCUGCCAUCAUCAUCAUCAUUGCCAUCAUCAUCAUCAUCACCAUCACCACCACCACCUUCAAUUACAGUAAUGAUGAGGAGAGAGAAACCUUUGAAAAAGGCAUCCAGGAGCUGAAGAGCACAGUUGAUAAGGUCCAGACUGAGCUGGACUUCCUGCGGGCUCGCAGCAGGGCAGUUAACAUCACUCUGGAUGAGAACCACAAACAUCUCAGCCUCACCAUCCAGGGGAAGCGCAGAGUUGCAGCCUCCACCCAGCUGAAGCCCCUACGCAGAGCUCUGGUGGCAGCCACUGAAGGCUUUUCAGGAGGGCAGCACUAUUGGGAGGUGGAGGUGGGGGACAAGUCAGAGUGGGAGCUGGGUGUGGUGAGCAAGGAAGCCAGGAGUGGGCUGAGGAGCAGCACAACUGUCCCAAGGGAGAACUUAUUCAGCCUGCAGUUUUCCCAUGGAAAAUACAGCUUGAGUGGGGAGGAUGAGGUGAGGGAGGGGAAGCCCUGCAGCGUGGUGGGAGUGCUCCUGGACCAGGAGCAGUGUGUGCUGUCCUUCUUUGAUGUGGAAGAAAAGUGCCCUCUGGGCUCUCUCCACCUUGACUUCUCCAGCAGCCUCUACCCCUGCUUCAACCCAGGCCCCGAUGGCAAAUGGUUAGGAGUGCGUCCUGUGAGCACCUAG